AUGUGGAUACUGGACUCAACAGGUGACUUCCUAGAUGGGAAGCGUGUCUGGCUGCGGCCCGGGAAGAAGUAUCUAUUCGGGCGACCCCCGCAAGAUGGCACUCACCGCGCCAUCUCUGACAGUGUGAAGGCUGCCAAUACGAUUUCCCGCAAACACCUCACAAUCGAAGUAUCGACCGUCACCCCUCGCGACGGAACCCGUCCACACGCGCGAACCAAAGUCACCGUGACUGAUUUACAUUCGAAGAAGGGUACACUGGUGGAUGGGGAACAAAUUCAAGGUGGAGAUCGGAAAUUAAAUGGGGAUGAACACAUUAUUCAGCUCGGUCGCUAUGCUCAUCCUCUUCGAAUAAGAUGGCAGCCGGUGGUUUUGAGCUUCUCUUUUUCAUCCAAGGAGAUGAGAGCGGAGGAUCCCCUAGCUAAAGUGCGCUCCAAGCUAGAGGACCUAGACAUCAAGACUAUCAUCCCAUACCUGGUGGAUCAAACCACCCAUGUUGUCCAGAGCAAGCGAAAUACAGCUAAAGGACUCCAAGCGCUCAUAAACGGCAAAGCAAUUGUCAAUCCCUCGUAUAUUGACGCUUUGGUUUAUGCCACCACGCCAACAGACUUGGAAAAUGAGGAAGCCUUGUCCCCACUCGAGACUGAUUUCGACGCCGCAUGGCCAGAUGCGACAAAAUAUCUUCCACCUGCUGGUAACGAACCUGUCAGUCGACCGGCAGCUGCCUUUGCGCCCAACCCGGCUCGUAUCAACGUUUUCGAGGGCUAUACCUUUGUUUUUGGCGAUGCUGCCCAAUUCGAGAAUUUGCAUGCAGCGAUCAACAAUGGCCAGGGCAAGGCACUCUUUUAUCAAAUAGUAGACGGCGUUACCACGGCAGCCGAGAUCGUCAAAUUCAUGAGAGAUGCCGCAGGCCAGAAAAGCGGCAUUGGAGAAGAUGGGCCUGGCCAAGUCGUGCUGGUGAGGUUCCGAUCCAAAGGUGAACACGAAACUUGGUCCAUUGAGGUGGGUAACGAGGUCGCGUUGAUGAUUGAUCGACGCGUAAUUGAGCAAAGGGAAUUCCUGGAUGCUAUUUUAGGGAAUGACGCCUCUCCACUUUGUCGCCCUCUUCCUCGUGAGGAAGAGUCGAGUCAGGUGCCGUUUCCCUCAACUGCUCCGGAGCCUCAGCUGCAGCUCGUUCCAGAGGGUUCUCUUCCAUCUGCAUCCCCACCUACCCCCUCACAAAGAUCCCCGUCGAUGAGCUCUUCGAGACCCAAAGCUUCACGUGUUCGCAAGUUCGUGAGCAAAAUGAAAACAUUCGAUGACGGCUUCGACAUGGAUUCAAUUCCUGUAUACGCAUCUGACGAAGAUAUUAACAACACCCCGACCAUGGAGUAUGAGCCCCAGCCCUCUCAACAUGUCGAGUCCCUGGAAAAAGUGAUAGAAGAAGAAGAUGUCGUCACGGAUUUGCUGCCCGGCGCACGGGCGAUGAAGAGACGACGAGAAGAAAUGGAGCAAGGACGCCCUAGUCGUCCAGCGCCUGCGGAACAUGAAGCUCCUCCAAAGCCAAAACGUGCGAAGCUCGAUAUCCGAGAAGCGGCGCGAAGGCAUCGCGAUGAGGAAGAGAAACAAAGAAAGGCUGAAGAAGAUGCCCACCUUACCCAAGAUGUCAGCAUCGAAGACUUGCGGAAUCUGGCUAUCGUCGAAGAGAUGGAACUUCCCGUCCGUGAAGCACCCUCCCGAGAUGAUCAUAGCAACGAUCGAUGGGAUGAACAAUGGAAUGGUCGAAAGAACUUCAAACGAUUCCGGCGAAAGGGAGAGCCGCGCCAUGCACGGCGAGUCCAGAGUGUCAUUGUUCCCCUGGAAGAGGUCACAAGGAGAGAACUUGGUAUUGGCGAGUACCAAUGGGUCAGCAAUCACAAGGAGCCCGCCAGGAACGAUGGACCGAUGGAGGAGGAUCAGCCGACGGUCACUCCGAGUGAGCGGGCUGUCUCAAGGUCACAACAGUCGGUGGGUUUGUCUGCGAGUCCCGAACCUACGCCUGAUCCACCUGCGCAUUCAUGCAGUCUCAGCCAGAAACGGCCUCGUGAAGUACGUGAUUCAGAGAGUGAUGAAGAACUGCGAUUCCGGUUCAGGCGCAAGCGGUAA